UCCGUGCGGACAAGCGACAGUCGAUGCCGACGUGCGAGCCGCGGUGCGACGUUGCGCCGCGCCGUUACGUUAUUACGCGAGACGGUGCCGUGCGCGGUGCGACGCGGUGGACGUACGCGGGGACGGCGCCGACGGCAGCGACGGGGACGACGAGUACGCGGGGCGGCAUCGUCGCGUUCACGUGAGCCGCGGCGACGGUCUCCGCCGUCGAGACGGAAACGGGCGUUCGUUCGCGCGAGCGAGCGCUCAGCGGUAGGGGAAAAUGUCCAGCGUCAAGAUCAUCGAGAAUCCAGAAGUGCCGGGACUGGAGUGCUUCCUGCCGCCACCUCCGCCGCCGCCGCCACCGCCGCCGCCACCGCCGUCGAACGGCGACGCACGGUCGACAACGACGCAACAGCAACGACAACCGGCGACAACGAGCGCUGGCGCGAUGACGGUCGCGACGGCAUCACCGGCCGCAAGCGACGGGCCUUCUUCGUCGACCCUGGGCACGUUCCCGAGCUCGGUGCCGAGCCCCUACAUGCUGCACCCGACGCAAAUGCAGUCGCAAACUCCCGGGCAACCGCCAGCCCCAACCCCCUGGUGGAUACCCACUGAUAGCGACACGGAGCUCUAUCCUCCCUGGUACGACUCGGCUUACAAGGGUGCAGUCACCGCGUCAGUAGCGUCCCCCGCGACGACCCCGAAUCUUAUAGGCAAGGUCAAGACCAAGAACUUUUACAAGCGUAAAAUCGAGUUCAUUGAUCCGGCACAGGACGCAGAGAAAGUGGCGAGUGCGCAGAGGGAACUGUCGGCGCUGAUGAAACCGCUGAAAUGUGAUCUGUGCAAUGCAGUUAUGAAUUCCACGUUGCAAGCGAAAUUGCACUAUGACGGCAAGCCGCAUCAGAAAAAAGUGUCGAUGUUUCUCAAUCAGAGCGUUAAGAAACAGAAAACGGAAGACGGGCAAGUGAGCAGUACGACCAAUAACGACUGGCAAAACUACUGUGAUAUAUGCAAAACGUGGUUUACGUCGCAGACAGACGCCACGCAACACUACGCGGGCAAAAAGCACAUUAGGGCGGCGAACGGCGGGCCACGCGCGAGACCAUCGAAGAAGCUGCAGGCUCAGAAUCAGUACAAUCAGGUGGACUCGACGGGCCGCUUCGGGAUCGGAAUGGGCUUUCAGGCGGACGCGCAGUCCGCCCCGGCCGUGUCGCCGAUCGUGCCCGAUGGCGUAGCAACGGUGCCGAAUCCGGCCGCGGUGCAAUCCAUGUACACGGCGCCGCCGUAUCCCACGCCGUUGCGCUGCGACCUGUGCGGCGUCUCGGCCAAUCGUCAGGAUCAGCUAGAGACGCACAAGCGCGGAGCCCGACAUUUGAGGAUGCUGAGGCUCAACGGACUCCCUGUACCUGAACUCGCGACCGAAAUCGAGAACGCGUCCAACGCCCCGGAACCUAUAGAUUAUUCUAUUUAUCGGACACCAUCGGGGCAGUAUUACUGCGCGCCGUGCAAUCUAUCGUUAAACUCGGAGAGCACGUUCGCUCAGCACGUCGAGAGCAAGAAACACAAAAAUCAGUCUAACCCAAAGUUACCCAACGCCACGGUGGCGGCAAAGAAAGCCAGAUUCAAGAAAAAAUAAAACCGUGACUAUCAUAUUACUUUCCAAUACAAAUUCUAUAGUA